CCAAGGCGCUAUACUGACUAAACGCAAAGUUAACGUGCUGGCGAUCUCAGUUAGGCUUCGUGAAAAAUGCCACAUCUGAUGUGUUGUCUAAUAGGACAGAGCUGGAAUCACGAGUUCUGACCUACAGAAAACUGCACAUCAAGUGUUGUGAGUUUACAUCUGGGUCUGCAUGAUGUGAUUCUGAUCUUCACCUCCGGCUACCAAAAAAUAUGAGGGCUUGUAUUUGCAGACUGAUUGCAUUGCAUGGAUGUUGGACGUUUUCUUAUAUUUGAGACAACCGUCUUGGAUGGUGGACAGUAAAAGAAUGAAGACAACUUCAAAUUUCCGGUGGCUCUUAUCAGCAUUUGUUCUUCUAUAUUUAAUGAAUCAAGUAAAUAGCCAGAAAAAGGGGGCUCCUCAUGACUUGAAGUGUGUAACUAACAAUUUGCAAGUGUGGGACUGCUCUUGGAAACCCUCUGGAGCCAGCCGUGGUGCUGUUUACGAAGUUUGCAUUGAAAACAGGUCCCCUUGUUAUCGAUUGGGUAAAACAAAUACUAAAAUCUCAACUCUUUCGCCUGGUGAUCAUGAAAUAACAAUAAGCCCUCUACAUGGUUUUGGAAGUUCUAUAAGUAAAUUCAUACUAAAUGAAAAAAACGUUUCCUUCAUUCCAGACACACCAGAGAUCUUGAAUUUGUCUGCCGAUUUCCCAACUUCUACGUUACAUCUAAAGUGGAAUGAUAAGGGUUCUGUUUUUCCACAUCACUCGAAUGUCAUUUGGGAAAUUAAAAUUCUACAUAAAGAGAAUGUGGAAGUCAUAAAAUUAAUGACCUACAACACAACUCUGAAUGGUAAAGAUACAGUUCAUCACUGGAGCUGGACCUCAGACAUGCCCUUGGAAUGUGCCACGCACUAUGUGGGAAUUAGAUGCUACAUUGACGAUCCUCAUUUUUCUGGUCGCAAAGAGUGGAGUGACUGGAGCCCACUGAAGAACAUUUCUCGGUCUUCUGAUUUGCAGAGUAAGGUUUUUCCUCAAGACAAAGUGAUACUCGUGGGCUCAGAUAUAACAUUUUGUUGUGUGACUCAAGAAAAAGUGAUAUCAGCACAGAUCGGCUAUACAAAAUGUCCCCUUAUUCAUCUUGAUGGGGAAAGUGUUGCAAUCAAGAUCUAUAAUAUUUCUGUUUCUGAAAAUAGUGGAACAAAUGUGGUUUUCACAACAAAAGAAAACAUUUUUGGAACAGUUAUUUUUGUGGGCUAUCCACCUGAUAUUCCUCAAAAACUGAACUGUGAGACACAUGAUUUAAAAGAGAUUAUAUGCACUUGGGAUCCAGGAAGACCAACAGCAUUGGUGGGCCCACGCAAUACAAGUUACACUUUAUUUGAAAGUUUUUCAGGAAAAUAUGUUAGAUUUAAAAGAGUUGAAGCGCCCACCAAUGAAAGCUAUCAGUUAUUCUUUCAAGUGCUUCCAAAUCAAGAAAUAUAUAAUUUUACUUUGAACGCUCGCAAUCCUCUGGGUCAAUCAGAAUCAGCAAUUUUAGUUAACACGACUGAAAAAGUUUAUCCCCAUACUCCUACUUCAGUCAGAGUGAAGGAUGUUAAUUCAACAGCUGUUACACUUUCCUGGCAUUUACCAGGCAGCUUUGCAAAGAUUAAACUGUUGUGUCAAAUUGAAAUUAACAAAGCUAAUUCGAUGCAAGAGUUGCGGAAUGUCACAAUCAAAGGAGUAGAAAAUUCAAGUUAUCUUGUUGCUGUGGACAAGUUAAAUCCAUAUACUAUGUAUACCUUUCGGAUUCGUUGUUCUAGUGAAACUUUCUGGAAAUGGAGUAAAUGGAGCAAUGAAAAACAGUAUUUAACCACAGAAGCCACUCCUUCAAAGGGACCAGAUACUUGGAGAGAGUGGAGUUCUGAUGGAAAAAACUUAAUAAUAUAUUGGAAGCCUUUACCCAUUAAUGAAGCUAAUGGAAAAAUACUCUUCUAUAAUGUAUCAUGUUCAUCAGAUGAGAAAACACAGUCCCUUUCGGAGAUCCCUGAUCCUCAACACAAGGCAGAAAUAGAGCUUGAUAAAAAUGACUACAUUAUCAGUGUGGUGGCACAAAAUUCUGUUGGCUCAUCGCCACCUUCUAAAAUAGCUAGUAUGGAAAUUCCAAAUGAUGAUCUCAAAAUAGAGCAGGCUGUUGGGAUGGGAAAUGGGAUUCUCCUCACUUGGAAUUACGAUCCCAACAUGACUUGUGACUAUGUGAUUAAAUGGUGUAAUUCAUCUCAGUCUGAGCCCUGCCUUAUGGACUGGAAAAAAGUCCCUUCAAACAGCACCGAAACCGUAAUAGAAUCUGAUCAAUUUCGACCAGGUGUAAGAUAUAAUUUUUUCCUGUAUGGGUGCAGAAAUCAAGGCUAUCAAUUAUUACGUUCUGUAAUUGGAUAUAUAGAAGAAUUGGCUCCAAUAGUUGCACCAAAUUUUACUGUUGAGGAUACAUCUGCAGACUCGAUAUUAGUAAAAUGGGAAGAUAUUCCUGUGGAAGAGCUUAGAGGCUUUUUAAGAGGAUAUUUAUUUUACUUUGAAAAAGGCGAGAGAGACACAUCUAAGAUGAAGGGUUUGGAAUCAAGUCGUUCCGAUGUGAAGGUUAAGAAUAUUACCGACAUAUCCCAGAAGACACUGAGAAUUGUUGAUCUUCAAGGUAAAACAAGUUACCAUCUCGUCCUGCGAGCCUACACAGAUGGUGGAAUGGGCCCAGAGAAGAGCAUGUUUGUGGUGACAAAGGAAAAUUCCGUGGGAUUAAUUAUUGCCAUUCUCAUCCCGGUGGCUGUGGCUGUCAUUGUUGGCGUGGUAACAAGUAUCCUUUGCUAUCGGAAACGAGAAUGGAUUAAAGAAACCUUCUACCCUGAUAUUCCGAAUCCAGAAAAUUGUAAAGCAUUACAGUUUCAAAAGAGUGUCUGUGAGGGAAACAGUGCUCUUAAAACACUGGAAAUGAAUCCUUGUACCCCAAAUAAUGUCGAGGUGCUGGAAACUCGAACAACAGUUCCUAAAAUAGAAGAUACAGAAAUAAUCUCCCCAGUAGCGGAGCAUCCAGAAGAGAUCUCAGAUGCAGAACCUGAAAACCACGUGGUUGUGUCCUAUUGUCCACCAGUCGUUGAGGAAGAAAUACCGACCCCAGGAGUGGAUGAAACUGGAGGGACCUCACAAGUCAUUUAUAUCGAUGUCCAGUCCAUGUACCAGCCCCAAGCGAAACCCGAGGAAGAACAAGAAACCGACCCUGUGGGCGGGGCAGGCUAUAAGCCACAAAUGCACCUCCCAGUUACUUCCACCAUGGAAGAUCCAGCAGCAGAGGAUGACUUAGAUACAACUGCAGGUUACAGACCUCAGGCAAAUGUAAAUACCUGGAACUUAGUAUCUCCAGACUCUCCCAGAUCCACAGACAGCAACAGUGAAGUUGUGUCUUUUGGAAGUCCGUGUUCCAUUAACUCCCGACAAUUUUUGAUUCCUCCUAAGGAUGAAGACUCUCCUAAAUCUAAUGGAGGAGGGUGGUCCUUUACAAACUUUUUUCAGAACAAACCCAACGAUUAAUAGUGACACCUGUCACUUCCGUCUGCCAUCUCAAUAAGCUCUCAUUGCUAGUGUUGCCGCACCGGCACUGGGCAUCUUGGAGGGAUCCUGUGAAGUGUGGUUAGUGGGAGGGACUUCAUUACAUGCAAGUUACAGUGAAACUGUUCAUGUGCUUCUAAUGUAGUCUAAAAGCCAAAGUACAGUAAUACAGAAAUUCAAUCCACACCACUCGGGAUUUGGAGCUAUUUGUGAUUCGAGCCAGAGAAUUCUCACAUUCUCUACCUUCAAGAAGCACUGCAAGCCUAAUACUGUCUAGUCCAUACGUGCAAAACAAAUCUCCCAGCAACCAUAUUCUGUUCUGUCGUUAAUGGUUUUCUCACAUGUAUACUUUAUGGAAUUGCAAGCAAAUUUGCAGGCAAGGGAGAAAAAUGUCAAAGUAACAGAUGAUGUUGAUUUGCCUGACAUUUGCUCCAUUCUGGAUGAAAACCAAGCACAGAUUUUAAAACUUGUAACAUUAUUCUCCUCUAUCCACAGCAUUUACAAGAAUUAAUAUAAUUUUUAAUGUAGCGACAGCUAUUUAGUGUUUUGUUUGAUAAAGUAUGCUGAUUUCUGUGCCUACUGUAUAAUGGUUAUCAAACAGUUUUCUCAGGGGUACAAACUUGGAAAACGAGCAUGACACUGAGCAGCCCAAAUCAGAAUCAUCUUUUCUUGCUUUGGUAGAUUUUUCAAACCUCUCCAUUAUUUUUUAACUUUUAUGCUAGCUUCUCAAUUUGCAGUUGGUUACCCUAAUAUAUAAAACUUAAAUUUCUAACACUAUAGAUCUAAGUUUGUUUGUUUGUUUGUUUUUGAAUCUGGAUUAUUUUUUGUUCCACAGUGUCAGUUUUAUAAAUAUAUGAGCAAAUUCAAUAUUAUUCAUAAACGUAUAAUUCCAGUGAUUUACUAUUUGAGAUGACUACUAAGCAAUAUCUGGCUGCAUUUGCUAUCUUCAUAGUUCUGAUUGGCUUCAGUUCCUCCCAAGAAGACCAUGCCAUCGAGCCCCGUCGCCCAGGCGGGGCAGUCGUCGGUGUUCCUCCCAUUUGUGCAUCUUAUCAGCUCCUGUUUCUUAAAUUAUCAUCAAUCCAGACUGUUUGAUCCAGUCUUAACAUUUUUAAAUGUAAAUGAAAAAGACAAUACUUCUUACAAGAACAAUUACUCAAGGGCUAUUUUAUAUGAAAUGUCAUAAAAUCAGUUUGAGUCAGUGGGCAUACCUAUCUCAAAGGUGUAGCCGUUGCUUUGUAAGCUGUCCAGAGUCAUGUGUCUCACAACAUCCUCUGCCCACCUUUGAUUUUCAUAAGUGAUGUCUAGAAUGAAUGUGGUUCUUAGAAAAGCAGAUGAAAAACUACAAAGUGUAUCUUACAUUGUCCCUGCCCUCAGGUUGUUGAUGCAUUUUGUCUUUUGAUAGUUUAGAAGAGUACUUAAAAUUUUGAAAUAUCUGAAUAAGCCAAGAUAUGCCUGUUUUUUAUCAUCUGAGGUUCUGUAAUGUAUCUGUACAUAAUGGAUCAGGUUUUUUUUUCCUAGCUCAUAAUUAUCUUUAUAAAAACCAUGUUGUGGAGAAAAGCUACUGGAUGACAAAGGACAAAAUCUUUAUAGGUACUCUGUUUAUGAAUCCUGGUUUUAACUACUAGAAUUAAGCUAAAUUCCUGAGCUUUAUGAUAUAUGGGCAUAUAGAAUGAAAUAGAAUUAAUUAUGUACACACAUAAUAUACUAAAACUAUGCAAUAGCUCAUAGAGAUUUUCAACAAUGAAACAUGUAUCAAACCAGAGCCAUCCCUUGUAAGAGUUUGUUCUGUCAUCUUAUUUCUCCCUUGGGCUCCUUCCCUUAGCUUCUACCCAAGACUCUCAGACCUGGGGCUGCCUUCUCUCCCUGCCGAAGCUUAUCAUCGCAAAUGCCUGUUGUCCCCAACUCAUGCCUUGUUCUCCACUGAAAUAUAUGGGUCCUUCACUUCAUCUCUUUAAGAUAAGGAUAAGUGCUUGCUAAGGUAAAAGUUUACUGGUCUAAAUUACACUAAACCGAGAUGAUGGGAAAAGACCAGAAGAGAUUGUACGAUCUCUGUCAUUACUAUUUAUGUAUUUCAACUGUGACCAUCUGGAUCCAGUGCCCUUCCAACCUAUGUAACAACUCAUUUGGCUAAUGAUUACUGUCACAGGG